UCUACAACGUGAACUUAUUGACAUUUCUCAGAAUGAUUCCAAGACUUUGGCACAUUUCUUAGAGGUCAGAGUCCUUAAACCCACUGAUCUGCUAUGCCAAGUGGUAUUUCCAGACAUGAAAUUGGGAAAAUAUUCAGGAGAGCAGACUGACAAGCUGAUGGCGUAUGUGCUAGAGCGCCAUGCAAAUAUCAUUUAUGGAAAUGCUACUUUCAAGCAGAAUUUGCAAUCCUUAUCAUUUGUCUCCAAACUCAGAGGGCGUGCUAUGCCGUCAAACCUCUUUGAUCCCAGGAGUGAUAUUCUGAAGAAAAUAUUUGUGAGCGAAGAUGUAUUCCCUGCCGGUGAACUCUACACCAACCCUGCUGUACUCGUCCUGUUGAAAGAACUUGGAAUGAAAGGUGUUCACAAUAUCACUGGAAGCGAUCUGUACCAAAGUGCUAAGCUGGUUUCCUUGCUUCCACUACUUGCAACUGCAUUGCAGAAAUCUAAAGCAAUUUUACAGUAUCUUGACGAAAAUCCCCAGAAACUGCACGAACCCAUCAAUGGACAGCCACUGGGACAGCUACUAAAAGACAUUAAUUGGGUGUCAAGAUUACAGCAGAUGCCCCCUGGCUACCCUCCAUCAGGUCCAUGGUGGCAAAAGGGAGACAAAGAAAACAACUACUUUUUCAAGCCAGAUGAAGUCAAAAGCUAUCACCUAGUUAAUCUGAUUGGAUCAGUUAUGCCUGUUGUCGAGGUCGGGCCAUCAAUUGAAGUUUCCCAGUAUUUUGGAUGGCAAAACCAACCGGAUAUCGUUGAUGUUGUGCAGCAUUUGCAAACGGUAACCAGAUGGUACUCCAAAGAAGAAAAACCGUUUUACAUGGUGAUGGUAGACUAUAUCUACUCGUUUCUGACCCACGUAGAGUCUUCUGCUGUGGAGCGAGCAUUUGCCUUGGUUGAGCUAAAUGAAUGGGUUUGGAGUGGAGAUGGCUUUGCAUCGCCUAACCAGGUGCUUUCCGGUAAGCCAUCUAUUGAUCUUGCACCCUACAUGCAUUCACUUCCCUCGGAGAUGAUGAAGCAUUCAGAUCUGUUUUACCGUUUUGGUAUGAGGGAGCAAAGUGAUCCAGCUGUUCUUGUGCAAGUCCUUGCCAUGAUCAAAGAGACGUACGACAACAGCAUUGUCCAGUUCAGUUCUUUGGAGGUAAAACGUGACCUCCAGUUAACUGUCAACAUCCUGAAUGAGGUGGCGAAUAAGCAGUUGCCUGCUGAACUUCAAGCGAAGAUUCUUCUUCCCAUACAUGUUGAUGACAACUCCCGUGUUAGGCUCGAACAGGUUCAACACUGUGUGUAUUGUGAGCGUGCAUGGCUAAAGAAGGAAGGAGAUGAUGAAGAUGUGGACUGUUUUUAUGUCCACCCUAUUGUUCCCAACAGUAUUGCUGAAUGCCUGGGUGUUCCAACCCUAACUAAUCGAAUGCUGGAUCCCGAUGAACUGUCCAUAGGAGAAGAUUUUGGACAAGACGAAAAACUCACUACUCGACUUAACAAACUUCUGGAGGGAUACACUGAUGGGUUUGCUGUACUCAAGGAGCUGAUUCAAAAUGCAGAUGAUGCCGGUGCCACUGAAGUUAGAUUCCUGUAUGAUGAAAGAACCAACGAGGAUGCUUUGACCUGUUUGAUCAACGAGGGCAUGAGGGGAUGUCAAGGUCCUGCACUGUGGGUCUACAAUGAUGCUGAAUUUAAGGAUCAAGACUUUAAGAAUAUUACAAAGCUGAACGAGGCAACCAAAGUGGACGAAACUGAAAAGAUUGGCAGAUUUGGACUUGGCUUUAAUGCAGUGUACAAUCUAACUGAUGUACCCAUGCUGUUAAGUAAGAACUACUUUGUGAUCUUGGAUCCUCACACAUCAUACCUUGGGAAGGCAUCAUGCCUCGGGAAGCCAGGAAUUAAGAUCAACCUCAACAAAGAUGUCAAGAACCUUCGUAAAUUUGCCAACCAGUUCAAACCGUUCAAUGGUAUCUUUGGGUGCGAUUUGCAUCUAAACAAGAAGGACAACUCAUUUGAGGGAACGCUUUUUCGAUUUCCAUUGAGAACGAAAGAGCAAGCUAUAGAAAGUGAGAUUAAGAAACUUUGUUAUGACAAGCAGGAGAUGCAUACCCUUUUGCAAAUGCUCCUACGCAAGGCGCAUUAUUUGCUUCUUUUCACACAGAAUGUUUUGCGUGUUGGAAUCUACAGUCUGCCGAGAUUGUCGAGUCAAGAUCCACAGCCAUCAUUAAUGUUUGAAGUCUCCAAAUCAAUUCCACAUGGAGGAAUAUUACGAGGAUUGUCGUUUCCCGUCACGUUACCUGUCACUGCAGAGAAAUUGGAUGCAAGACUUCAGAGUUCUCUGAAGGAAUUUAACUUUCUUCAAGCAUCGUCGAAGGUGGCACGAGACUUAAGGGAUCGAAGUACAGUUCCAGAAGACAACCCGAGUAAAUUUCUCAAAUCUUCAUUCAGAGUAGACAUUGAUUGUUGUUUUACUGGGGUGGGUCUGAAGUUCUUCAAUUCAGAUGAGUGUUUUGGGAAAAAGCAUGUCACAUGGCUUGUCACGUCUUCGAUGGGAAAUGGGCAGGCAAUGCAGUUUGCGAGGAAUGAUCAUACUUGCAUUCCCUCGGGAGGAGUGGCUGUUCAGUUAGUACCAAGUGGAUGUAACCAUUGUUUGCCGUUACCUGCUAUGGGAAAAGGAGAUGAAUCUAAUGAAGGUGGCAUGAUCUUCUGCUACCUUCCGCUUCCGAUCUAUAGUGGGCUACCUUUGCACAUAAAUGGAGCUUUUGCAGUAACUGCUAACAGGCGCCAUUUGCAGGAAAAACUUGCAGAUGACAAAAACUCCCACGGAGAAGACUGGAAUAAUGUGAUUAUGCAAGACACCAUUUUGUCUGCAUUUCUCUGUCUUCUUGAGGAUUUGAAGUGCAUAGCUCCUGAUGACGCUUCAUACAAGUUCCAUUCAUUAUGGCCAAAGGCUGAUGAGGUACACCGCGAAUGCUGGCCUAUCAUGAAGUCAUUUUAUACACAACUAGCCAGUGGAGAUUAUGCUCUUUUCUCAGAUGGACACAAGUGGGCUCACAUUCAUCAAGUAGUUUUUCUUGAUCCAGAGUUCCGCGUGGAGCCUCAAGUUGGACAUACCUCAUUGGCUGUUUUCUGUAGAUUGGCAGUAGAAAACGAAGUGGUCAUCGACCUUCCAGUUGAUGUGUUACAGUCUUUUAUUGCUUGUGGUCUGGGGGAUGUGAUCAAGACCAGAAUGUAUAACAAGGGUCGAUUUUUCCGUGAGCGUUUCUUUCCAAACAUUUUGAAAGUUAGUCCAGACUUGAGAGAUGUACUGAUGCUACAUGUUUUGGAUAACAGCAGUGAAGAGUUUGAUGAGCUGAUAACGAUGCAUGCCUGCAUUCCAUCGUCACCACAAGGAGAGACUCUGAAAAAUCCAGGCCAACUUGUAAACCCAAACCGGGGAGCAGCCUCUCUCUUUUGUGCUGCUGAUGGAAGGUUCCCUUUUGGCACUAAGGAUACCUUUUGCAAUCCUCAACGACUCGCCAAACUAGAACAGCUAGGAAUGGUAUCUGAUUGUCUUUCUUGGGAAGAGAUUGUAGAAAGAGCUGAGAGCGUUGGCAGACUGAAUGUAAUUGACCGUAAUGCAGCAGUCAGGCGUGUGGAAGCCUUACUUCCAUUUAUAGAGGCAACACUGAAGAGCAACGGUAAAGGUCUCUCAAGUUCCAUUUGUGAACGCCUUCGGGAGGCUAAAUUUCUUCCUGUUUUCCAGAAACCGAAGGGCUUUCCUCUUACCUGGAAAGGUGAUGAAUUUCAAAAUAGAGAGAAGUUCCUGGUCUCCCCUAAAGAUGUCUUUUUGAAGGAAAAGAAGUACGUAGUAUGCUGCACUGAGCCGCUUGUUGGCCUAGAUAUGUCCAAAGAAGUGAAAGAAUUGUUCAAGUUAGGAGACAAGGAUGCCACUGUACGACAUGUGAUGAACCAACUUGAAGACGCAAUGUCUACGAACAUUGAUUCCCUGAGCUGUGCAGAUUUUGAUGAGGUGAAACAAAUUUGCACACAGGCGUAUUCCUUUCUUCAGAACGCGAUGACCACCUGUGGCCCUCGCGUUAAAGACGUCGUACGUGGCAGAAGAUUCAUUCUUAUAGGGAGGAAGUUUCUCUCUGCAGACCGCGUGGCGUUGGAACUGAAGACAGACUGCUCACCAUAUCUUUAUAAGCUUCCAGACCAUUUAGCUGAUGCCUACUGGAAAUUGAUGAAUCUCGCCGGUGUUAGAGAGCAGUUUGAAGAGAGAGAUUACAUUUUGAGUCUUCAACAAGUAAAGAAACGAUUUCAGGAAAUGCCACUUGAUCAGCCAAGCCUAGAGGUAUCCGUUAAUCUGGCACUUCAACUUGGAGAGACGUUAGGGCAAUCGAGGGGUGGUCCUUCAAGUCACCAGGGAACUGUUUUUCUUCCUGAUUCUAGAGACAUAAUGCGACCACUAACUGAGCUUUGUAUGAAGGACUGCCCAUGGAUGCCGGAUGUUAGUGGUGUGCAUUUUGUCAAUGAGAGAAUUUCUUGGACAACGUGUUACCAGUUAGGCGUUAAAACGCGAAGACAAGAAGCCUUGCAACACCAUGAAGUCGGGAUUCCCUUUGGACAAAGAGAGAAACUGACAAAUCGUCUUAAACGGAUUCUGACAGGGUACCCAUGCGGGAAAGAGCUUUUAAAAGAGCUUAUUCAAAAUGCAGAUGAUGCGCAAGCAACUGAAAUCUGUUUCAUUAAUGACCCACGUCACCAUGCUGAUGAAAGAUUGUUCGAGGAUAGUUGGAAGCCCCUACAGGGGCCUGCAUUGUGCGUGUUCAACAACAGCCCAUUUACAUCUGCAGAUAUCAAAGGUGUACAGAAUCUUGGCGAGGGUAGUAAGGGAGACGAUAGCAACACCACUGGCCAGUAUGGCGUCGGGUUUAAUGCUGUCUACCAUGUAACAGAUGUACCAUCCUUUAGGUCGAGUGGUGAAGAAAUUGGGAAUGUUUUGUGCGUGUUUGACCCGCAUUGCAAGUAUGUCCCAAAUGCAAGUGAUAAAGAACCAGGAAGAAUGUUCAAAGACAUCGAGAUGCUGAAAAGAAAGUUUCCAGAUGUCUUCCCUUGUUAUCUAGAGGAUCAUUUCUCCAUAGAAAAUGCAACCAUGUUCAGGUUCCCCCUAAGGUCGGAACAAAUGGCUGAAGAAUCCAAAAUAUCAUCAGUCCCAGUAACGGCGAAGAAGUUAGACGUGAUGAUGGGAAACCUGAAGAAGGAAUUGUUUGAGGUUCUCCUCUUCCUAAACAACGUGAAGAAAAUAACUCUUUGCACGAUCGAUGAAUCAAGUGGAAACAUGAUAAACGGUUACUCUGUGGAAAUGCUAAUGUCCCAAACUGAUGACGAGAAAAGGCAAGCAUUUGCUGAUUAUAUCAAAGAGUGUGGAAGUCAAGUUAAAGAAGACAACUUUCUUCCCACAAGCUUAGAUGUCGCGAAGUGUAGUUAUGUCACGAGAAUAAGAGACAACUGUGGAAAGGAGGAAAAAUGGUUUAUUGUCCAACAGGUUGGCUUUGAGAAGUCCUUGGAACAGAGUAUUGUUGAUGCAUUCAAGGAGCACCAGUUAUGCAUGCUACCUCGUGGAGGUGUUGCCUGCCUUCUACAGAGUAACAAACCAAGUGAGCAAGUGAAAAUUAAGAGGAAAGCAUACUGCUUUCUCCCACUUCCAUUUGAAACAGAUUUGCCAGUUCACAUCAAUGGGCACUUUGCAUUGGACCACGAGGCAAGACGACAUCUAUGGAGAGAUGAAGAUGGUGGCUAUCGGAGUGACUGGAAUAACGCGUUGUUGCGUGAUGUUAUUCCGUCAUGUUAUCUCACACUUCUGGACGAAGUGCGUGGCUUUCUUGAAUUGCCAGUCAUGAAGGAUUAUACUACACAUCAUAGUCUUAAUUGCGGCGAAGGUACCAUCUUGAAAAGAUUAGGUACCUAUGAAGAGUAUUUCCCAAGGUUUUCCGCUCAAGAUCCACAUUGUGAGACACUGGUAAAAGCGGUCUACAAUGAAAUGUGCAGCAAAGAGAUGAGGCUGAUUCCGUCAGUGAAAAUGUUAGAAGAAAGUUCUGCAGCUAAUCAGGAGGUCGAUCUUAAAGUUACAUGGUUUCCUCCGAAUGGGGCUGGAAAGGAUAAAACAUACUUCAACGAUUUCGAAAGAAAAGGUUGUUUUGCUGCAUCACCCCAGCGAAGUGAAAGAGACAGUAAUGAGGAGAACAAGACAAUGAAGAAAAGUGUACCCAAGAUUAAGCAGGAGUCAAGGCUUGAAAAAAUUCUUCUCGAAACUGGCUUGAACCUUGUGGCCUUUUCAGAGAGCGUCUUCGACUCAUUGAGAGAAGCUGGGGUGAGUGUUGACUCCAUUUCGCCUUCUGCUGUUAUGGCUUUCUUCAAGACUUUCAGUAGUCCCGAUUCACUUUGCAAAAUCAAAACGAUUCCAUGCCCUGUUGACAAGACGCCAUUUAAGAAUGCCGAAGGAGUGAUUUGUGUCCUUAAGUACUGCAAAGACGCUGAGAAAUUUGAGAAGAAUCUAGAGGGAAUGCCAUUACUUCUAACUCAAGACAACUAUUUGCACACAUUUAGCACAACUGAGCCACAAUGUUUGAGUUGCUAUACAGAUAUUUUGCCAAAUUCUCCGUCCAUUUUUGUCCACGAUGAAGUUCGUAAGAAAGUUUUUAAGGAUGCGAAAUAUGCAAGGGUGCCUGUUUUCCGUCCCUUCGACAUAGAAAUUUUUGCAUCGUACCUUCAUGAAUCCCUGCCUCAAGAUUAUCUUACUGAAGAUCAGUACGUGGAAUGGUGGCCAGAUAACCCAGAGGGAAACUUACCAAAUCGAGAUUGGAUAUGCAAGGUUUGGAGCUUUUUACAAGAGAAUGGUAAAGCUGCUGUAAGCAAGUCGGAUGAAAGUGCAGAGCCCAAAGCAAUCAUCUGUUCACCUCUCUCAUCACUGUCUAAAUGGUGCAUUCUGCCAGCAACUAAAAGAACCCAAAUGGAAGGUAGAGAAAUCCCUUGUUCGGCUAAUCUGGAAAACAUGCAAACAGUGUCAGAAGAUGUCUUGGUGCCCUUAGGUAAAGCAGACUGUGUUCUUGAUUUUGCCGAAUACGGUAUAUCAAAUCGAAAGUUGGUUGAUGUUUUGAGACGUUUGGGCUUGCCGGAGCUUAAUUCUGAGGUAAUAACCAAGGAAAACUCUGGAACAACAUCCGUCACCCGAAAGGAUUCGGUUAAUUUUGCACGUAAUCUUGUAGCCUCUCUAAAAUCGCCAGCGUCGCUCCUCACCGCACUUGAACAGAAGCUGCCAAAGAAUCUUCGCUUCCUUGAAGAUGCAUCACAGUCCAUAGAGUUCCUUAAAGUCCUAGAGUACUUCAGUGACAACCGGCCAAGCCUCGCCGAUGUCGACAAAGAACCUUUACGUAACAUGCCGUUUUACCCAACAGCCAGUGGUGCCAUUGUACGACUCAAGGGAAGGAAAGGAUAUAUUCUGCCCAGUGAAAUCCCAAUGAAUGAGCUCGAUAUUGUUGAAUCCAGACUUGGCUGUUUGUUCUUAAAGUCUCAUCCAAACCUGUCAGGCCUAUAUGAAUUCUUGAAAGUUGAACGUGUCUUUCCCGUGGAAGCGUAUCUCAAGUUUAUCUUGAAGUGUUUUCAGCAUUUUAGUCAAGAGGGAAGGUUGGUUCACCUUACAUAUAUCCGUCAACUGGUUUUUCGAACGAGUGGAGAGGAGAAGAAGACAGACGUGGAUAAAGAAAGGCUGUUGGACAACUUGAAGAGGGUUGAAUUCAUUCCUACAAAUGACGGCAGCAUUAUGUCAGCGUCCAGUUUCUAUGACCCUCACGAUGAGGUUUUCAAAUUGCUGUUAUCAGAAGACAAAUUUCCACCAAAAUCGUUCACCUCAGAAGAAUGGCUGCCGUUUUUGAGAGAAAUAGGCCUGGUUCACCAGGUGUCUCCAGACCUUUUCCUCAGAUUUGCCACCCAAGUUGCUCAUGAAGCUGCUACAGCGCGAACUGAGAUUACAGAGGAAAAGUCUAAAGUUCUUGUCAAGCAUCUUCUCUCUCGACAGAAUGUGGUGGAUGAGGGUCUCCUACGGGUUGUCUGCGACAUUCCCUUUGUGGCUGGACAUCCCCUGCGCCCACAGCUGCUAGAAAUCUUUCCUCCAUUUGCUAACAGGAAGGAUAGUGAAGCUCCCUUCAUUUCCUAUAAAGGAGCAGUUUGUGCCGCUUACGAGGAUGUUACUUGGACAAAGGUAUUUUUGCUUCCAAAAUGGGCGGAUCCUACAUGUCAUCGGGACAAGCUCGGUUGUCAUGACGAUACCCGCAUAAACAAUUACUGCAAGUUGUUUGUCGAUCAACUUGGAAUUGUGACGAAGCCAUCAGUACAUCUUGUUGUUGGUCACUGCAUAACCAUCUGUCACUAUCUUCAAGGGAACAGCAAGGGAGAGAGAAUUUCAUCUGAGCGAUGCCAAACAAUAAGCGGAGUCAUGAAACGUAUUUACACAUUUCUUCAGAGAAACGCAAUCGAGAAUGGUGUAGCGAAGAACCGGCUUCAAACAACACGCUGUAUUUUGGUGGAAGGGGGCAAGAAAUUCGUUUUCCCGAGUCAAGCGGUCCUCGAGCUUUAUGAAGAUCUUGAGAUCAAACCAUAUCUCUACAGAGUGCCUCCAGAAUUUGGCAAGUUUCAACCAUUGUUUGAAUGCCUAGGCUGCACCAAGUCUGUAAGACCCACUCAUUAUGCAAUGGUUUUGGAGAUGUUACAGAAGAAUUGCCAGAAUGCCAAACUGCACCCAAACGAGGUUAGUCUGUGCUGCAAAGCGGUGAAAGGAUUUUUUGAACGGAUACAGGAGCAGGUAGAAGAACUGGCCGUUCUCUCCAAAUUGUAUCUACCAGCGGUGAGUUCAGGAUACGGCGGCUGCCUAGAUAGGCCACUAGCCACAGUCCCUGUCGGAUUACAGAAAUCUAAAGAUCUGAUAUUCGUUGACGCACUUGCCUAUGUGAAUCGGAUUCAGCGACUUGCCCAACCUUUGGUUCUGGGCCUCAGUAUGAUGGACAUCAGUUGUAAAUCAGCUAUGAUCAACUAUAAAGAGCUAAUGAUGAGAUUGCCUCCAGGCCUACAGCCAAAAAUGCUUUCCUCUGUGGUGAAAGAACGACUCAUUAUUCCAGAAAGUACUGAGAUAGUGACGAGCGGAACUGUCAACGCUUUGAGACAGCAGCUUUCUUCUGCGCAGUUUGGUCGUGGGAUUGCGAGACUAAUUCAAGACGUUAACUCCGAGAACGAAGAUUUCAAUGAAGAAGUGAUCGCAAAUAUGGAAAGUGAUCUUCGUGGCAUCGAGAUCUGUGCUGUGAAAAAUCUCAAAACGUCUCUUGUUUACAAAGGUGUACUCAUUCCAGGAAGUGAAGUAGAAGUGCCAUUCUUCCAGGAGAGGCUGUUAGUGUCUGGCAAGAAGAUAUGCAAAAUGUAUGUCAACGCCGUAAAAGAAGUGGACAAGCCCUUUUCGGCCAUAACUUUAGUGUCCAAUGUGAUUGCAGAAAUGUACGGAGGACUUCUCGGGAAGAGGGUGGUGCUAAUUCCUGAGAUGUUGCGUUGUCCUCUCAAUGAGAUUUGGUCCCUGUUGGAUACAAUGCAUAUUCGACAAGAUGAUACGUACAAUGCAGCAGAAAUGGAUAUCUAUCCAGAGCCAGGUACCUUUAUUCCAAUUGAGGACCAUCAUUUGCUCAAUGACGCCUUUGAGGAAUUUGAACCUCAAGAAUAUGUGGGCUACGAGCUGGAUGACCCAAGUCUGCACCUGAACGAAGGAGUUGCAACGUACAUCUACGCUGUGAUCAUCGAAGAGGUAAUGAAUAAAGAUUCCGUGCAAUUGCCUACGAAGAUGUACAGAAUCAACAUUGGACACAACAAAGAAGCAGUUGUGGUUGCUGCCGACCUGUACAAAUUUCAUCGAGUGAAAGAGAUAUCUGAUCAGCACACUCCACGCUCAGGAAACGAAAACAGACAAGUGGUCUUCAAUAAGAUCUCUUACCUGUUGGAAGAUGCAUGGAGGCAAGAAGAGUUAAAAAGAAGGCAAAUAGUAAAAAGGCUUUACCUCCAGUGGCAUCCAGACAAGAAUUUAGGCAAUGAACGAUUUUGCACAGAGGUAUUUCAGCACAUACAAAGUGAGAUUUCUAGACUGGGGAGUUCUUACGACAACUAUUUUGUUUCCUGGGGUGCGCGUGCUAGAGAACAUGGUUCGCGGCGGAAAGAAUACAGGGAGCACUUCUCACGGGAGUAUGGAUCUUGGGAAUGUUCAUCGAGUUCAAGGUCAUGGCAGAGUGUUCCUCCAAGUUUCUGCAAGGGGAAUUCGCAACCAGGAGAGGCCAGGCGCUGGUUUAGACAAGCUGAAGCCGACCUUGUGGCUGGUGCAGAUGAAAUUGCUUUUAGCAGGCCUUCUUAUGAGUGGGGAUGUUUUAAAUGCCACCAGGCGGCGGAGAAGGCCUUGAAAGCCGCCCAGUAUCAGGCAGACGCCAGCAAGAUUAACGUUCACAACCUGGUCGAGAAUUGCUUAGGUUUGAGUGACCCUGAGUUAAUAGACUUGGCUAAGCAACUGGAACGUCUUGUGGGUGACUCAACACGUAUGCGCUAUCCGGACAGUAUGUGCUACCCUCAGAUCCCUCAUGAUGUGUACACGGCCCAGAUGGCUCAAGAAGCGCUGACUAUAGCCACGAAGAUUGUAGAUCGAGUGAGAGGCCGACUUACUUGAGGUGUGUGUCAAUUCUCGCCGUUUUUCUUGUAAGUUUUUGUCAUCUGGGGUUUAGUCUUAAGUGUCUUUCUGGGCUAGGGUUUCUUUUAGUUACUUCACAGCUAAGGGGAAACAGGAGGCCAACUUGUGGUAAGGUGAGGAUUACCUCUGCCUACCCGGGAGAUAUCUCGGGAGAAUUUUUUGGUUUGGUGGUUCAUCGACCCUUGUUCCUUUUUUCUCAUCACUUCCAAAGUUGUUUCUGACCUUAGCUUUAAUCGACACUUUAUCAAUGGUCCUACAGGUACUGCCACAUCGGAGACGCAAAACAAGAGUCGCACACAAAUGUUCAUGAACGCCAGAUUUCUCCUGAGAUUUGGUAAAUGACUUCAGCAUUACUUGAAGAGAAACAACCGGAAUCUGAUGAACACUUGUACAUCAGUUGGUAGUUGUAGUUUUAGUCGAAGUUUGUUUUAGAGGGACUACUUCGUGAAGCGAAAUCUUCAACCAUUGUUUUGAAGUUCCUUACCACUUGAAGAUAGCUCGUUUCAUUUAAAAAAUUAU